AUGCGUCGCCAACUUCCCCCAAGUCAUCUCAAGGUCCCGCCUGGCCCCCAUGCCUUUCCAAGACAGCACUUUCUGGGUCAGGAUACGGUUGUUGUAAACCAUUACUCCGGAAUUGAAAAGGCCAUUCCUGCCAUACCGUCUUUACCGGGAUUUAGGACAAGUGCUGCAUUCUUAACGUCGCUGAGCGCAAACCUCAGAAUUGACCCUGAUCUUCCCUCGCCGUUGCCAACGCCUACGUCGUUUCGAUUGAACAACUUCUGCCAAGAGGUUCCUUCCACGUCGCUAUCCUACUCAACAUUACCCGCGCAGUACAACCCGUACCCUUCGCCUGCCGAGUCUCAAGCCAUGUCGUCGGCCGAAGCAAACGCACCGGCUAAGCCACCCACAGACGAGCUGCCACAACUCUCCACUUAUACUGCCGAGACAGAGGAUGAUCGCAUUGAGGGCUUGCGCUUGGUAGCAGAUUCGGUCGCACAACAACGUCAGGUCGCGAGCAAGGUCAUGCUGUUUCACCCCAUUUCGCUAGCCGCCUACUUCGCUAUUGUCGCCAUUGCAGCUCAACUCACGCUACGCUGGUACGAGGACAAACUGAUGCUUCUCACGACCAUUGGAGGUAUCUCGAUGACCUUCCUUAUCUUUAUUCGAUGGAUGACUGGUGGUUACAUUGGCAUGGCCGAGGAAAUCAACAUGGAGUGGCUGGGCGACGACAGGCUCAUCGUAGUGAAGUGGGGUGAGGACGUCAUUGGAUCCUUGGUAUUGGGUUGGGCCGAUAAUGAUGCCGCAAAGAAACGUGGCCGGAGAAGGAGGGGCAAGGCCGUUGUGCGCGCUUGGACUGUACAGUUGAAGUAUCGCGGCAAGGGCGUUGGCGAAGGUCUUCUGGAGGAAGCUGUCAAGGUUGCGGGAGAGCGAGGUGCAGAUGGCAUUGUCUUCGAUGCUGACCAUGCCAACUCCAAGCGCGUUCUCCCUGCCGUCUUUAAUGGCUUCAUCAAUAAGCAAGAUGCCAAAGCUGAGAAGGCCCUACAAAAAGUUGCAGAUGCGAAGGGCAACUUUCGCCAGCGUCAAAGCUCCCCCACCUGGGGCAGCAGGUAG